AUGGAUAAGGGUGGAAGCAUUGCAAACGAGUUCUCACAAACUAAAGAUGGACAGAGAUUUCUAGUAAAAGAUGAGCAGUAUCUCCGACUGUCGUUCGCCCAGUUAUUUUUUCCCUUCUAA